AUGCAUCGUCUAACACCGUUACCUGUCCGGUUAGACGACCGCGCCCGGCGCACGAAUCUGCCAUGGGUGGAUAUCGAGGACCCUUCGCCGGACCUCUUCGCCCUAUCAUGGGCUGCCUUUUUGCAAUCCAUUACCUCCGAGGAAUCUCCGGCCUUUCUACUGAACGGAGUCCCUGUCGAAGUAGAUUUGCAGACCCAUUCCGUUAAUCGCGCGAGCCUGGAUGUAGGCCCCAACCUCGCGAAGCAUACCGCUGUCGUUGUUGGCAAUUCCUCAAUACCGGGGGUUGAGGCCUCUUCCUGUCUCACGUGGACUAUAGACCUCUCCGCUCGGACGAGUGUACUAGUCUCCAAAACAGACAUGGAUGCAGCUUCGUUGCAUAGUCUUGGUGACAAGCUCAAUUGCAGCAUGCAGCACGAAGCUUCGAACAAGCAGAUAGAGGUGUCUAUCCGUGACCUCCCGGCCCUUUCUAUCUCAAAUCCAUCUCCUCGCACUCUUCCCGGCCCUUCUCUUCUCCAUGAGCUGGCUCUUAGUGGCCUUCAUCACUCAAACAAUGCCAUUGAAUUCUUGGCAGCCGAUGGAAAUAUUCAUUGUCUUUCCUAUGACUCUUUGGAUCGAUUAUCAUCAGUUCUGGCCGGACAAAUCAUCCAGGCCUCUGCCGCACAUCAUACUGAAUCUCAGCAGAUGGUGGUCCCAGUAUUAUUGCCUCAGUCGCUGGAUUUGUACAUUACAUGGCUUGCUAUCCUCAAAGCCGGAGCUGCUUUUUGCCCCUUGAAUAUUGAUGCCCCGACGGAGCGGAUAGAGUUUAUUCUCCAGGAUGUGUCUGCCACGGUCGUCGUGACACAGAAUGCCCUAGCAUCGCGCAUGCCGCUGGGCGCUAGCGCAACUAUAAUCAAGACAGACGGACUCGAGGCUGGAGACAGAGAUAUAAUGGCCACAGCGAGGAAUAUCCCUUCCUCUAAUCUAGCGUACAUCAUGUACACAUCUGGAUCGACCGGCCGGCCAAAGGGUGUUGGCAUUUCCCACUUGGCAGCGACCCAAUCAUUACUGGCACACAAUGACUUGAUCCCUCAAUUUGAUCGAUUCCUCCAAUUCGCCUCACCUACAUUUGAUGUGUCCGUCUUCGAGGUUUUUUUCCCCUUCAUGCGAGGAGCAACUCUCAUUGGCUCAGACCGUGAACAAAUGCUGCUCGAUAUUUCGCAUGUCAUGACCAAAAUGCAAGUUGAUGCGGCCGAGCUUACUCCCACCGUGGCUGGCGAGUUGCUGCGCACCCGAGCCGCAGCGCCCAGCCUGAAAGUGCUGCUUACAAUUGGUGAGAUGCUCACCAAGCAUGUUGUCGAGGAGUUUGGAGAGUCGGAGACAUCUGCCGGCAUCCUCCACGGCAUGUACGGGCCAACUGAAGCUGCAAUUCAUUGCACCGCAGCGACUCACUUCUCUUCCUCGUCAGCCGUGAACUUGAUCGGUCGCCCUUUUCAGACCGUUUCCGCAUUUAUCAUGUCGCUGGCCCCCGAAGACAAAUCAGUACCCCACGAACUUAAACCGCUUGCUCUGGGUGAAAUCGGCGAGCUUGUUGUGGGUGGUCCUCAGUUGGCAGAUGGAUACAUCAACCGACCUGAAGAGAAUGCCAAAGCGUUCAUCCAAAGUGCGCAAUAUGGCCGACUCUACCGGACUGGCGACAAAGCGCGCAUGCUACCAUCGGGGGAGAUCGAAUGUUUUGGUCGCAUCUCCAGUGGUCAAGUGAAGCUUCGUGGUCAACGGAUAGAGUUAGGCGAAAUAGAGCAUGCCAUCUGCAGAGCCCCAGAGGUCCGCAGUGCUGUCGCUAUCGUGAGCGGGGGGAACCUGGCAUCUUAUGUCCUUGUUAAUGACAAAGCAACAACGGACCGCGAGCUGCGUGAUAUAUGCCGCCAGUGGCUGCCGCGGUUCAUGAUCCCCGGCGAGUUCAUCUUGGUCGACCGGUUUCCCCAGCUUCCGUCCGGCAAAAUCGAUCGCAAGGCCCUUGAAGCAGAUUUUGCCAACCGUCCUGCUUCCAGUCCAUCAAGAGAAGGGAACCAGUGUCGGGAUGAACUGGAAGAGACAAUCUCAUCUUGUGUGGCCGAUAUCCUCGGCAGACAGUUAUCGCCAGAUGAAAGUUUGGUCUCUUCUGGAUUGGACUCAUUGGCCGCUAUCCGACUUGCCUCACAUCUGCUAGAUGCAGGAAUCCGUCUGGAUGUAGCACAGGUGCUAGAUGCGGACUGUAUUAGCGGGCUGUGGCGGACUUCCAAGGAUCUAGAGGCAAUGGGCCCGACCGAGGAUUCUCAAGCUGGCCUUCGCAGAAUAUAUCAACUAGUAUCCGAUGCUGGCUCGGCAAGGAUAGACUCACUUGGUUUGAGUUCACAGGUUGCUGACAUCGAGCCUUGCAGUCAUAUCCAGCAAGCAAUGAUCCUAGAGACUGUUCGCGACGGCAAAGCAUACUGUAAUUGGAUCGAAGUGGAAUUUCAACCAACAAUCAGCUCUGAUGCUUUAAAGAGCGCCUUGAUCAUGGUUGCGAAUAGAAAUCCAUUGCUCUGCUCUGGUUUCGUCGAAAUUGGUCUGAAGGAUCACUCAUUCGCUCGCUUUGUCUGGAAGUCCCUCAAUGAGGAGUCGAUUCAGAGAUGCAGUACCUUCAAUUAUGAGCUUGAUCUUAUGGAUGAUAAUGACCUUUUACAUCCACUACGUGCUCAAAUCAAGGAAUCAAAUGAAGGCGUGCAACUUCUUAUUCAUAUCCAUCAUGCGUUAUAUGAUGGUUGGUCAUGGCAGUUGAUCCUAAAGGAUCUCUAUCGUGUUUUACUAAAACAGGAUAUUGCUCCCAAGCCUUCGUAUGAUGCGGUAACGAAGUUUCUGAUUGACUAUAAGCUCAGUGAUUCCGCUAAGGAUUCUUCGCUUUUCUGGCGUGAUUCAUUACAAGGACUAUCUGCUGCGCCCUUCCCGAAUUUCCAUGGCAGGACAGACAUCGCCCCCAGUGCAAAAGAAGCAAUUCGUGAACUCGACCUUUCGAUUUUGAAAUUGAACGAGCUCUCUCAGAGCCUCCAAGUUGGUCGGCAAACAAUUCUACAAGCUGCCUUCUGCUACGUUCUCUCGACUUAUCUCGGAUCUAACGACGUCUCUUUCGGCACUGUCUUUUCAGGACGAACGCUCCCGGUGAAAGGCAUAGAGUCAAUCAUUGGACCCUGUAUCCGAACUCUUCCCACACGAAUGAAUCUCAAUAAGAUGCAAUCCGCCUCAGAUCUUCUCUUAGCCAUUCAGAAUUCAAACCGGAAGUCCUUAGAACAUGGAAUUUUGCCCCUCCAAGACAUCAAAAAGGCAUCCGGUAUCGAUUUUCGACAACAACUUUUUGACACGGCCGUGGUAUGGCAGGAGAGUAUCUGGGACGAAGAGCAAAAUUCUUUGUUCAGGGAGGUUGCCAAUGGUGAGUUCCUGGAACUCGCUCUCUUGCUGGAAUUCGAGCCUCGGGGAGGAAAAGUCCACGCCAAAGCAACGUACCAGAGCUCCCUUUUGCCUGCCGCACAGGCAAACCUUCUCUUGGAGCAGAUUGACCUCGUUGCUACGAUCCUCAUUGAUUCACCGAUGCUCUCCAUCCAUGAGAUUGGCUCUUUCCUUCCGUCCUCAGUCCUAUCUGUUUCAAAUCCACGGCCUGAAACCUGUGUCAACAGAUCAAGCUUGGCAACAGGAGUGGAGGCCAUUGCGUCCGUGGACCCCGAUCGAACGGCUGUGGAGGCUCUACUUCCAGGGGGCAAUAUUUGCGGCGCCGACUCAAUCCAGACGCUCAGCUAUGGCCAAUUAAAUUCACGAGCGAACCAUUUUGCACAUCAUCUGGCUUCCAAAGGUGUGACGAAGAACGACCUCAUUGCAAUUUUCCCGAAUAGAUCAAUAGAUUCCUGUGUUUCUAUGCUGGCGCUGGCUAAGAUCGGUACCGGUGUUCUACCUUUGGCAGCCAAUGCUCCAUCCCAGACAAUCAACGCCAUUUUAGCGGCCAUGAGCCCACGAUUUCUCGUUGCGGAUGAAUUGACACAAAGUGAUUCAGAGUUGUUGAGCUCCGUGUCAAAGAUAUCUCCCCCAGAUUCAUCAAGUCGUUACCCUGAUGACAACCUUCUUACUGUUCACGACACUUUCCACAUUGUUUGCGCGGGAACUGCAUCUUUGGAUAACGGUGUUACGAAGCAUUCUUGUUUUUCUCAUCAUAGUAUUCAGAGCCACAUCAACGCAAUUACUGCCUCGUAUCCCAUGAGCCCAGAUUCGAAGCUCCUCCAAUCUGCACCUCCUCCUUCAGCAGCCUCUGUUAUUGAACCAUUUUUAACUUGGCAUGUGGGCAUGACUUUAUGUCUGGCUCCUGAUGCGCGCUUAGCAAGUAAUAUUUCUUCGGUCGUCAACAGAUUGGGCAUCACACACCUUCAUAUAACCCCAACCCUUGCUUCACGUUUGACUCCAGACGAUGUUCCCAGUGUCCGGUUUUUGUUCGUUUCUGGAGAGCCCAUAAGCGCAAAGGUACACAGAGAUUGGGCCGGACGAGGGCUCUCUCAAGGGUUCGAGUCGUUCGGCGUUGGCGGCGUAUCUACUGUCCAUCCUCACGUUAAUACCACUACAACCACUGAAAAUAUCGGACCACCUCUCAAGAAUACAUCAGUGCUCGUUGCGGCUCCUGGGGAAGAUGUUCGCCUACUUCUCCACGGCGCCGUUGGGGAGCUAUAUUUUGGCGGAGAUCAGAUCGGGAAUAUGUUAUCACGUGCCGAGGAUGGUGGAAUUAGGCGCUUCGUUGAUCACCCAGCAUUUGGGUGGCUCUACAAAAGUGGAGACUAUGGUCGCCUUUUGCCAGAUGGAACUGUAACGUUGAUUCCCAGGCAUGACCAAGCUGGAAGGCAUAGUCACUUCCUUGUGUUUGAAGACCUUGAUCGCGCUCUUAUCUCAUCUGAGGUAGUACAGGAUGCUAGAAGUGUUGUAUUGGGCAGCUCUUCCUCGGAUGAACAGCAGCUGGCUGCUGUAUGGGUACCAUCGUCAAAAUUGCAAGUAGAUGAAGUAUCUGACGAGAGCCUUGCUCACUACACACAAUCCAUUUUCGAAGAGCUUGCCCAGAAGCUUCCGUCAGCUUCUAUACCAUCCUUUCUGCUGCCGGUGGCUGAGAUACCUAUGACGGCCCGUUACAAGUUUGACUACACCAAAAUCCGGGAUGACUUUCAGAAAAUGAGCCCGGAAAGGCUUGAACUAUUCUCAUACCACCCGCAGGCUGAUGUCGCUUCCGAAAACUUUAGCCAAGAGGAGGUAUUGAUGUCAAAGGCUUUAUCGGUGGUGACUGGGGUGGACCACCGGCACAUCGGUCGAGACACCUCAUUCUUCAGACUGGGCUUAGAUUCACUGUCGGCAAUCUCUUUCUCGCGGAAAUUACAGGAGUCAGGGCUUGGAAGAGUUCCAGUUUCUACAAUUCUGCAACAGAGUUCCUUAUCUCAACUGUCUACCGUCAUUUCCGCCCAAGUGAAUGUUCAUUCUCUUUCAUCCAAUAAAGAGCCAUGCCGAGCAUUCUCAUUCGAAGAGAGCUUUUUGCAAGAGAUAAGACAAGCAUUCAACACGCAUGAUACCUCCGUAGAGGGCGUACAUCCAUGCACUCCAUUACAAGAGGCGAUGUUGGCAGUUGAUGCCGAGGCAGGCCUGGCUUACUACAAUCACCUUCUCUUUCGCGUGAACAAGGACAUUAGGGUACUCAAAAGUUCCUGGAAUCAGAUGACUGAAAGGCACGAGAUCCUCAGAACCUGCUUCCAGCCAACAAAUGAUAAGCGCUUUGUUUUCGCCCAGGUUGUUCUCAACCAGGUCUCUUUGCCCUGGACCGGAGUCGGGACUUCCACCGAGAGGGUCAUGAUGGAUAUUAAGGAAACAAAAGCGGCAUUUGAGAAGAAAUCCCCGACCGACGGUACUCUUCCAUACGCCCUGACCCAUUUCGUUGACACGGAUACCCACGAUAGUCAUCUUUUACUAUCGAUCCAUCACGCUUUGUACGAUGGUGAAGGAAUAGGUCAACUGCUGCAGGAACUCCAACUUUCCCUGUCCGGUCACAGUCUCCCUGAUACUGUUCCUUUUCAUCGAUUCAUUGACUAUAUGGUCUCUAAUGAUUCUGAGGAGUCGGAUGACUUUUGGAGCCGAUAUCUGUCUGGUAUAUCUCCAUUGCGACUGUCUAUUGAUGCGGGAGAUGCUCCAAACAGUCAAGUCGCCUCAUCCCAAGUACACCUGCAGUUGCCCAAGUCACUAUCCCUGUUGAAGAAAAAGUGCAAAGAUGCUUCUUCGGCGCCACUGAACGUGUUUCACGCGGCAUGGGCCAGACUUCUAGCUUUAGCCUCUGGUUCAAACGACAUUUGCUUCGGUAAUGUGUUCAGCUGCCGAACCAUUCCACUAGAAGGCGUGGAUACUAUUGUGGGGCCUUGCUUUAACACCUUGCCAAUGCGAAUAAAAUUCUCUCCAACCUCCACGAAUACAGAUAUCAUGAAGCUAUCUCAGAUGCACAACAACGAGAUCUUGCCUCAUCAACUGAGCCCCUUGCGUCGGAUUCAAAGACACGUCCUAAAUAGCAAUUCCCAGCUUUUUGAUACUCUGGUGGUCUUCCAGUCAAAUGCUGCGCAGCUCGACGCGCAAUAUUGGGAACUUCUCGAAGAUGAGGGAUACAUGGGCUUUCCCCUUGUCUGCGAGGUUGUCCCUGAUGCCACCAAAGAUAGAGUUUCUAUUUACCUUCACUACAAGACUUCCCAACUGAACCAUCAACUUGUCGAAUCUUUGGGACAGAAGUUCUUGAGGCUCGUUGACCACACAAUUGAAUAUCCAUAUGCGCAGGCUUAUAAAGCCGGAUCAAGUGGCACUGACUCUCCAUUACUUUUUGAGAAAAUCCCACUUCGUGAAAAUGCGAUUAAGACAUCGCCUGUGAAUACCCUUGCUUGGUCUCACCAAGAGGAAGUGCUGCGUGAAAUCCUUUGCGGAUUAUCAGGGUGUAACGCAGAGUCUGUCUCUUUGGAUACGACUAUAUUUCAGCUUGGCCUUGACAGCAUCAAUGCUGUUCAGCUCGCAGGAAAGCUGCGUGGAUUAGGCUAUAAAGUCUCCACCGGUGACAUUCUGGAGGCGGCAUCUGUCGAAAAGAUUGCCGCGCUUCUAGAGACCCAGGCAAACGGGAUCUAUGAGGACACUUUUGACUUUGUAGGCUUUGAGAAGCGUCAUCUUCAGUCUGUCUGCGACAAUCUCGGUAUUACUCAAGAAAAUGUUCAGUCGCUGCGACCCUGUACACCCGUGCAAAACGGAAUGCUCGCGCUGUUCACCCAUUCAAACGGGAACGCAUAUUUCAACCGAAUGUCGUUAAAUCCCUCUGCACCAUUGGACAGCACCCUACUCAGACAAGCCUGGAUGAAAGUGGCGACUCGCCAUCAGAUGCUGCGAACGGGAUUUGUGCAGCUUUCAGAUCAGCAAUACCCAUUUGCUAUGAUCACUUACCAGCCCUCGACUGAGCUUCCAUGGCAUGAACAACUUGACUCGGAGUCCCACGAGAUGGAUCAUCCUGAACGAAGGGCACUUGAAAACCUACAUCAACCUCCCUGGGAAAUUACCGUCAAGAAAUCCUCCACAGGCGUUACUACAGUCAUUUUUUCCGCACUCCAUGCACUCUAUGAUGCUCAGUCUCUAGAGUCGAUUUUCUCGGAUUCUAUCGCCGUCUACAAGGGAGAGACAUUAGCCGAGCCUGCUUCCAUCGAUGCCACUCUCGGGCCAAUCUUGAUCGAAAGCCAGAAACAAAGCCAAUCUGGCCAGCAAUUCUGGCAACGCAUGACUUCAGAAAUCCAACCAUCCAAGUUCCCAGAUCUCCAUCCGACUCAUACCAAGGAGCGAACUUUGUUGAGUAACUCUGUUCUCUUUUCGAAGCCUCUGAAGGAACUUGAAGCUUCCUGUCAACAUAUCGGAGUUACGUUGCAAGCAGCCGGGCAAGCAGCAUGGGCUCGACUCCUCAGCGCUUACACAGGUGAACACAAAGUCACUUUUGGCACUGUUCUCUCAGGUCGCAAUUUAUCAACCGAAGCCCAGACUGCAGUAUUCCCUUGCUUGGUGACUGUACCAUCUCCACAUAGCAUUGAGGGCACGAACCGUGAACUUUUAAGCCGAACUUUGAAGACCAAUGCUGUCUUGACCAAGAAUCAAUUCGCCCCGUUGGCACAAAUUCAGCGGUGGUUGGGAAGUGAUGAGCCUCUUUUUGAUACACUGUUUGUUUAUCAGAAGUUUGCAUCUAGCUCCAGGGGCAUUGAUACGUGGAAGGUGGUGGACGAAGAAACCAGGAUUGAUUAUCCCGUCUCGAUUGAAUUAAUUCCACAUGCGACCAACCUGGAGAUCAGGAUCAGCCAUAGGAGCGAUCUUGUCCCGGCGGAGCAAGCGAUGACUAUUCUGAAUCAAUACAGCAGGCUUCUAGAAAACACUGUUUUCGAGCCCGACUCCGACUCGAAUGAUUACAUGUUUUUGGGAAAUCAUUUGCUUUCCAUCACACCAGCAAAGGAGAAAACACUGCCUACAAGUGUAUCAUUUCUUCACCAGUUUGUUGAAGAAAAGGCCAGGGAAAUCCCAGACAAGAUAGCCUUCGAGUUUGUUUCCAGCAUCGAUUCAGACUCGCUCCAGAAACAGACAUGGUCUUACCGUGAAUUCAAUGAAGAUGGGAACAGGAUUGCACACUACUUGCAAAGCAAAGGCGUGACUCCUGGGGGCAUGGUCGCCAUCAGUUUUGACAAAUGUCCUGAGGCAUCUCUCGCAAUCCUUGGUAUCCUGAAAGCUGGAUGUGCAUAUCUCGCGAUCGAUCCGUCUGCUCCUAUCUCUCGAAAACAAUUCAUCUUGGAAGAUUCAAAUUCGAAGAUCAUCCUUUGCGAUCAAACAAGAAAGACGGAAUUGGAUGGUCUUUCCGGUGUCGACGUUCUUACACUUGAUGAGCCUGGAGUAUUUGAAGGUUUUCCAUCUUCCCAACCUUCAUUGACUCGCAACAUUCAACCCAACGACACAUGCUAUUGUCUGUAUACUUCUGGAACAACAGGCACCCCUAAGGGCUGCGAGAUCACCCAUGACAAUGCUGUCCAAGCCAUGCUUGCUUUCCAACGGCUCUUCGAACCUCACUGGGACGACGACUCGCGGUGGCUCCAGUUCGCCUCUUUCCAUUUUGAUGUCAGUGUUCUUGAGCAAUACUGGAGCUGGAGCGUUGGUAUAUGUGUAACUUCAUGUCCUCGCGAUCUCCUCUUCGAGGACUUACCCGGCACGAUCCAAAGACUCCAGAUUACUCACAUCGAUUUGACUCCAAGUCUCGCAAGGCUGGUACACCCUGACGAGGUCCCCUCUUUAUGCCGAGGAGUUUUUAUAACUGGCGGAGAAGCACUUAAACAGGAAAUCCUCGACGCUUGGGGCAAACAUGGAGUCAUAUACAAUGGAUACGGGCCAACAGAGGUCACGAUCGGAUGCACCAUGCUGCCACGGAUGCGCGCUAAUGACAAGCCUUCGAACAUCGGGCCCCAGUUUCUCAACGUGGGCUCGUACGUUUUCCGUCCUGGAACUUCCACGCCAGUCUUACGUGGUGGUGUAGGAGAACUUUGCGUCUCCGGUCCACUUGUCGGCAAGGGGUACUUGAACCGCGCUGAACUUACUAGGGAGCGUUUCCAAGAGCUACCUGACUACAAAGACCGCAUUUACCGUACCGGCGAUCUAGUGAGAAUCUUGCAUGAUGAAACCUUCCAAUUCCUUGGUCGAAUCGACGAUCAAGUCAAGCUCAGAGGGCAACGGCUUGAGAUCGGGGAGAUCAACGAGGUCAUCAAGCAAGCAACUUCCGAGGUUAAUGAGGUAGCGACCCUAGUCCUCAGGCAUCCAAAACAGUCUAAAGAUCAACUUGUGUCUUUUUUCACCAAGGUCGACGUGGACAAGAAAUCUCGUCCUGUCGAGAUCCUUUUCUCGGGUGAAAACCGCACCUUGCUUUCAACUGUUAAGGUCGCUUGCCAAACCCAUCUUCCUGGAUACAUGGUGCCAACUCACAUCAUUCUGCUGACUCGCUUCCCCUUGUCACCGAAUAACAAGGCUGAUAUGAAAGUCUUGAAAGGCCUUUAUCAUGGCCUUUCCCUCGAAGAUAUCCAACAGCUAGCUUUACUGACUGUCAGAGAGACUGCAGAAAAUGUGCGCGAAAACGAAAUCAUUGCUGCCCUUGAAAGCUUCACUGGUCUGCCAAAAUCAAAUAUCUCGUCGUGGUCGAGUAUAUAUGAAUUGGGCCUCGAUUCUAUCUCCGUCAUCUCGUUCUCCAGAGCCUUGAGGGAGGCAGGAUUCCCACAGGCACAGCCUUCUCUGAUCAUGAAACAUCCGACCGUUGCGAGCAUAAACGCGCAACAAGACAUUCAAGCUUUUUCCCACAAGCACUUCCAUUCUCUCCUAGAGACUCUUGGCUCAGAAGAUUCUGAGAUUGCCGGUAUCGCCCCUUGUACGCCACUCCAAGAAGGUAUCAUUUAUCAUUUCCUCUCGGUCGAAACCCCAAUGUACUGCUCAUCAUUCAAAUUCGAGCUACGAUCAACCAUUGACUUGGAGCGUCUGAAGUCAUCAUGGGCCCACGUACAAAGCGAGGUUCAGAUGCUGCGGGCUCGAUUCCUGCCAACGCCAGACGGUUAUGCUCAAGUCAUCAUGAAGUCCGACGACCUCCCUUGGUCUCAGAUUGAGACUUCUUCCUCGGAACGGGUUCAAAGCUUGACACAAAAAGGAACUGAUGCAUGGAUAUCUGGACUGGGCGGUCUGUCAGGUCCUCUUUGGCAGGUUACGGUUGUCAGGUCCCCUGAGACAACUAUCAUGUGCCUGAAUAUCUUCCACGCUCUCUACGAUGGAAACAGUUUGGCGCUCCUCCUUGAUCUUGUUACACAAUCUUAUCUUCAGCAUGAUACUGGCUCGCAAGCGCCACAGUUCCUCGAUGUGUUGCACAAGGGUCCUCUUUGCAAAAAUCCCGCCGCGGAGUCAUUCUGGAAAUCCCAUCUCGCUAAUCUAUCUAUCCGACCGCUACCAAGAGAAAAGACACGCAGAGUUCCGUUCGAGAAAGAAAUUCAAAUCAAGUCCACUAAAAGUCUCGACUUCCUGAGGAAUACCCUCAAGGUUACAGAACAAGCAGUUUUGCAUGCUUGUUGGUUGCUCGCACUGCAUCGUCACUUCCACUUUGUGCCUCCUGUUGGGAUUGUUGCUUCAGGCCGGACUAUUGAUGUUCCACGGGCAUCAGAUGUUAUUGGGCCUCUAUUCAACACUAUCCCAAGCAAUGUGCAACUGCACGGCAAUUAUUCUUGGAAGGAAGUCGCUCAGCGAUGCCACGAGUACCAUGUAUCCACGAUUCCGUUCCAACACACUGCACUCCGUGAUAUCGUGAAAUGGCUUGGCAAAAGCUCGGAUGAACCUCUUUUUGAAACUCUGUUUGUGUUCCAAAGAGACGUCAGUGAUAAGAAGGCAUCGCUUGGUAAUCUUUGGACUUGGGUGAGCUCUGACGCUGAGCAUGAUUACCCGUUGGCUUUUGAGAUCACGAGGAAUGGUGACAACAAUAUGAGAGCUGUGUUGGCCACAAAGGCAGAUAUCAUGUCUAUGGAAUCUGCCCAAGGACUCCUCUCGCAUUUUGAACAGAUUUUGAACGAUUUUGCCCAAAAUCCUGAUCAGGGGUUACCAUAUCUCAACGGAGUAGAUCAUGCUGAUCCAGGGGCAAAUGAUGAAAUGAAGGAUACCUCGACAUCUUCUCAACCUGACACAGAGUUCCAGUGGAGCGCACUAGCUUCCAAAAUACGCGAUGCGAUCGCAACGCUUGCUGGGGUGGAUACCGGCUCAGUCACUGAAUCAACAUCUAUUUUCGAAGUUGGACUCGAUAGCAUCGAUGCCAUCAAGCUUUCGUCUCGCCUUAGCAAGUCAGGCAUCAAGCUUCCAGUCAGCACUAUCAUGCGCAAUCGAACUGUAAAAGCCAUGAGCAGCCAGCUAUAUACUGAGGAGGGGGACUAUAGCAAUAGUACAUCCCCCUUGCUAAGUUCCAUGGAACAGUCCUUGACAAGAUUCCUCGAGAAAGAAAGCCUUUUGCCCGAAGGCGCCGUCCGAGUUCUCCCAGCCACUCCGAUUCAAGAAGCCAUGGUGGCUGAGAUGAAUGCUUCCGCGUUCAAACAUUACUACAAUCAUGAGAUUCUUCAGAUUGAGAGUCAUGUUGAUCUCGCUAGGCUUCAAGCUGCGUGGAAAUCUGCCGUGAAAGCUCAUCCGAUUCUUCGAACAUCCUUUGUUGAGGUUUGGGAUCCUGAAAUACCUGUCUCUUACGCGCAAGUCAUUCAUGACGAAAAUACCUUUGAGUCUAAGAUUGUCGUCCCAAAUGGGGCCUCUCUGCAGUCUUUUAUCGAAGAGAAGCGGGCGGAUGCUAUUACUCACAACUCGUCUCAUCCACUCUUUUCCCUUACUUUCGUCGUGGAUGGAGAUUCUCGCUACCUGAUAUUGUCAAUCUCUCAUGCAUUGUAUGAUGGAUGGUCAAUCAAUCUUCUCCACGAGGAUGUGCUCAAGUCCUACUCCGGUGAGAACUGCACCCGCCCCAGCUCUGAUCCUAUUCUGGAGCAAGUCCUUUCCUCAUCAGGGGAGCGUUCCCUUAAGUUCUGGAGAGCAGCUCUUUCGGGAUGUAAGCCAGCGGUCUUCCCAAGCGGAGGUGACUAUGAGGAGGGCUCAGAGGUUGUCCACCGUGCAGAGAAACGAUUCUCAACAUCCCUGGAGAAAGCUGAAGGUUUCUGUAAAAAAAUGGGUGUCACCAUGCAAGCACUGCUGGUCAGCUGUUGGUCACUUUUGCUAGCUACGCGUGUUCGGCAGUUGGAUGUUGUAUUUGGCCUUGUUCUUUCAGGCCGUAAUGUCGCUGACUCUGAGAACAUGAUGUUCCCAACUAUGAACACUAUCGCGAUGCGAGCGAUCUUACAUGGAACCCGUGUUGACUUGGUCAAAUACCUCCAAGACCGCCUUCUGGAGAUUUCAGAGCAUCAGCAUUUCCCUCUCCGACGAGCAAGACCCGACACCAGAUCUGGUCCGCUAUUUGAUACUUUGUUUAUAUAUCAGAAGCGACCAGCCGAGGCCGAUGAGCCUAGUCAACCACUAUACAGGGCUACUGGGGAUGGUGUGUCAGGUGUUGAAUACCCUGUCUGCGCCGAAGUUGAAGUCGUCGGUAAGGACCUUAUAGGACGAGUUGCAUGUCAGGGGAGUCUGCUUGGAGAAAGCGGUACUUUGGAGCUCUUGGAACAAAUGGCACACAUCCUAACCUCCGUGAUGGAUGAACCGAAUCACCAAACGGUCGACUUCCUUGCAGAUUCUUUGGAUAUUUGCGGAUAUUCAGUCUCGCAUGAAAGAACAAAUGGAGUAGAACCGACCCCGCCGUCCGAAAAGCACAGUCCCAGCGAGUGGUCUCCUACUGAAUCAGCGAUUCGCAGUGUUCUUGCUGUCGCGUCGGGUGUUCCUGACGAGACGAUCGAAAAGGAUGACACGAUUUUUCAGCUUGGUCUUGACAGUAUCAGCGCUAUCAAGGUCGUUGCGCUCUUGAAGAAACAAUCUGUCACCCUUACUGUCAGCGACAUGCUGAAAGCCGGCACAGUUGCCAAAAUGGCAGUACUGGCAAAUCGCGCGCGCGCCGAGGUCUCCCAGGCAGAUAUGUCCAAGGCGCUUGAGGACUCUUUGCAGGGUAUUGAGACGGACUCUCUGCUGCGAUCAUAUGGGAUUGAACCCUAUCAAGCCCAAAACGUCAUUGCUACCACGGCCGGACAGUCAUACUUCCUGGCGAUGAACGCUCUAAACCCCGAAGUCUUCUAUCCGACGUUUUACUACAAAGCGGUCAAGCAGCUAAGUCCAGACAUUCUAACUGAUGCAUGGUCUUUUCUCGUCAAACAGACUCCUGUUCUUCGAACGGCCUUCCUUCCCACCAACCAGGCUCACUUGCCAUAUAUACAAGUUGGGCGUAGACAUCAAGCAGGAAUUUGGAAAGGUCCCAGUGGCUCUACACGCUUGCGAAACCCCGGAAGGGACGGCCUUGCCUUGAAAAUCCACCACGCGCUCUAUGAUGCCGUCAGCCUUCCCCAGAUAUUGGACAGGCUUGCUCAGCUCUACGACAGCAUCGAGUCCGGAUCAGAGUUCAACGCCGAGCCCACUAAUGACAUCUCGCGUCUUGUGGCUCUCCAGAACAUUGCGUCCCCCAUGAGUACUCGGCGCCAAUUCUGGGAGUCUUAUCUAGGCGGAUUGACAAUCCAGCCAGCCGGAACAAAUCAAGCGAAUAGAAUUGGCCCAAUCCAGCAAUUCUAUCGGCCAGGCCUGGUUUCAAAGAUGUCUCGCGUCGAGAUAGCCGCCAAACGGCAUGGCCUCAGCAUCCAAUCGAUCUUCCUCGCGGUCUAUGCUCGGCUUCACGCCCGCAUUCUGGGGGAAACUGAGUCAGAACCUCUGGUCGUCGGCCUCUACCUGGCCAACCGAGCACAAGUCGCGGAAGAUGCGGACGCCCUCGUCCCAACAGUCAACAUCGUCCCGCUGCGUCUGGACAACAAGCUCAGCGACGACCAUGAGUCGCUAACCACAGCGGCUCGAGGCAUCCAGCAUGACAUCGGCCUCAUCAGCGCAGUCGAGCACGCGAGUGUGUCUCUAACAGAAAUUGCUGAAUGGACGGGUGUGCGCAUCAGCACCUGUGUCAAUUUCCUGCGGCUUCCCACAACCGAAGAUUCAAGCGGUGGUCCUGGCGCGACAGGGGCCGGGCUCAGACCGGUUCAGUCUGUCGAUCUCACAGGAACCAACUCAAACUUGGUCCGUAAUGUGAGCGCGCUUGAGCCCGUCCCGCAGGCGCAUGAGCCGGCCCAAGCGGGCAUCGGGGACGUUUUCUUGCCUACGAUUGAUAUAGAGGCGGCGGUUCGGAAGGACCGGCUAGACUUUGGCCUUUUCGCGCCGCGAGGGCGGCUGGAGAGUGCCACUGCAGAGAGGGUCAUCGAAGGCAUGUGUCAGGAGAUGGGGAUUUUAACUCAGGAAUUCCCUUGA